UCCAGCCUCUCAAUUUGAAAUUUGAACCGUAGACCAAAUAUAUGACCUGACCGCACAUUUUCUCAACCCUCUCAUCCCUUACUUCUUAAGCCCACCAAGAAAACGCGGCGUUUAGAGAGUCUCAGCAAAAGCCAACGAGUACCAGAUCAAAACCCCUUUCUCCUAAGUAUAAACCCUAGAUCGGAAUCAGAGCAAAGUCUCUGUACGAGAAUUCGAUCAUCGGAAUCGUAUGUUUCAUCUCCUGCAAGGCUGCAACCCUGAACUUUGUAAAGAGGUUUAAGAAAGAAAACCUACAAAAUGCAUCCUGUUAGGAAGACACUGCUGCGCUGGACCUCGAGGCAAAAUCUUGAACCCUUCACCACCUUGGCCCCCGUAUGCCAGUGCCACCGCCGGAGUGGUUUGCCGGCACCGCAGCAGCGGCAUCUCCUACUCCUCCACCGUGGAAUCUCCUCCACCGCUCUUCGAAGCUCGUGGAUGGAUACGAUCAAAGGGGUCUUCAAGGGAAAAAAGGAAGAGGAGCCCAAGGAAACCGCCCAGUCGUUCACGCUGACUCGUUUUGCCGAUGAGCUGAAGAAGGCUCAGAAAGUUGGCUCGUUCAAGCAGUACAUCGUGGGAAGGAGCAGUGAGGCGACUUUCUCAGAUGCUUUUGGGAAGAUGGAGGCUGUAAUUAGAUAUCUCAGCGCUUUUGAUGCUACUGGAGAGAACCUUCAAACAAGUCACAAGCAAGAAGCGGCAAAGCACUGUAAUUGCACGAUAGCUGAGGUUGAGAGCGCUCUGUCGAAGUUCACUUGGGCCAGAGAAGCACAGACUAAGCUAGACAAGCUAAAGGCAGAAGGGAAACCGAUGCCCAAGAGCCUUGCUGAGGUGCAGAACCUCAUGGGGAAGACACCGAUGGAUCUUGCUAGGUCUAAUCUGGCUAAAAGUGGGCAGAUCAGCAGGAACGCUUUCUGUCCAUGUGGUUCCAAGAAGAGAUUCAAAAAGUGCUGCGGAAAGGAUAAGGAGACUCUUAAAUAGGAGGCAAAAAAUGGAAGUACCGCAAGCUUCCCACACCAAAAAGCUUCAUUGCGUGGAGGUUCUGGGAGCAUUUCGUAGGCGUAGGGACAAAUGUGGAAUUGCUCGAUUCUUCAUAUGUUAUUUGUUGAUUGAAAGAGAGGUCUUUCUUCGGUAUUCAGUCAAGCUCUCCCAAGUUUGGUGGUUCUCAAAAUUUUGAACUAUUUCAGAAUUGGUUGUUUUGAUCGUUUUCUGUUGUACUCUUGAUUCAUAAUAAUAGAGGCCAGUUCGACUGAGUCGGUUUGAUUUGUGGGUUUGUGGCCGCAAAAGAGGCUCUUAGCUCAGGGUGGUUCGAGUUGACUGGGUGAGAAAGGUUGAUAGGUAGAGGGAUGGUUCAACAAUGAAUGAACUUUUCAGAGGAUUUCCCAGUGAGUGGAUUUGGAGUGUGAUGGCAUUUUCCGACAUGAUUGUGAGACCUGACAUGUUCUGAUCGAGCAUUUCUACUAUGCUAUAUAGCAUUGGUGCUUUAAUGUACAACUUAAAGAUAGCAUUGGUGCUUUAAUGUGCAACUUAAAGUUGUAUCCUAACAUUAAAUGUAUAAGUUUUGU